AUGCCGGGCGUUGGGGCGGUCGGAGCGCGGUGCAGGCACCGGCCGCGCAGGAGCCCCAGGAAGAGCCCCAAGGUGGAGCCGGGCCAGGCCGGGGCCGCCAUGGACGCGGCGAUUUGGAUCUACCAGUUCCGGCUGAUCGUGCUGGGCGACUCCACCGUGGGCAAGUCCUGCCUUUUGCACCGCUUUACCGAGGGCCGCUUCCCGGGGCCGCUGCACUCCGACCCCACCGUGGGGGUGGACUUCUUCUCCCGGCUGGUGGAGAUCGAGCCCGGCAAGAGGGUCAAGCUUCAGCUCUGGGACACAGCGGGGCAGGAGCGGUUCAGAUCGAUAACACGCUCUUAUUACCGCAAUUCAGUGGGUGGCCUAUUAGUGUUCGACAUCACAAAUCGACGAUCUUUUGAGCACGUGAAAGACUGGCUGGAAGAAGCAAAAAUGCAUGUGCAGCCCUUUCAGAUUGUGUUCCUGUUAGUAGGACAUAAAUGUGACUUAGUGUCACAGCGUGAGGUUACAAGAGAAGAAGCUGAAAAACUGUCAUCUGACUGUGGUAUGAAAUAUAUAGAAACUUCAGCAAAAGAUGCCACGAAUGUUGAAGAAUCCUUUACAAUUCUUACACGAGACAUCUACGAACUUGUAAAAAAAGGAGAAAUCUCAAUACAAGAUGGAUGGGAAGGUGUCAAGAGCGGCUUUGUUCCAAAUGUUGUGCAUUCAUCAGAAGAAGCUGUAAAGCCCAGAAGACAGUGUAUCUGCUGAAUCUGUAGCAUGCCAAGGAGCACGUCACGUGUUCAGAAAAUGAUGCUAACCUAAAUAACAGAAUAAUAAUUUUGAAACAAUAUUAGAUCAUGACAUAGCUGAAUCAUAGAAUGGUAAUCUGUUUUUUUUUAAUCCGUCUGACUAGAUCAUCAUUUCAUAAAACUUUAAGUGCUUGCUUUCUUUUCAGAGUAUAAUAACUUCGUGUGGUCUUCAGGAAAAGAAAUUAUAUCUUACUAAAGGAAAAACUAAUCCUACAGCAAGACACUGAGAAGUGCAAUAAUCAUCAUGACAGCAUCCUUGCCUGGGCUUUGUAUUUUGAAUACUGUUUAAAAUCAAAGCUUGCUAGGUGAGGAUCAGAGGAGCUCAUUACUUUUGUUCAUCCUGCCUUAGUUUUGAACAAAAAAAUACUGUACCUUAUACUUUUUAAAUGUGAUUCUUUACUCAAGUGCAGGGUUGCUAAUGACCAUUGAAGUUUAGAAUGCUGUAGAAUUUCAUAAUAAAGGUAACUCUAAAGAAAGCAAACUGGAAGACUGCUCCAACAGCAAACACUUUUGAUAUGACUAUGAAUACGAGCCUUACUAAAGAAGAAUGUUUCAGAAAAGAUGACUUUUUGUAUAUGAAAAUGGGGAAUAGAUGCAAUGAAAUUUGUUAUGAAAUAUUUUCUCAAUUGCCAAUGAAACUAGAUGUAACAUUACAUAUGAUCCAACUCUUGUGUGACUCAUGCACAGAACAGAUUUCCCAGCC